CUUAGCAAUAAUAAUGAGUAUUACCAAGUUUUUGGAUGAUCUCCUGAACAUCGUGGAAUCCUCUGACAAUAUUACCCUCCCGCCUUCCUCGGCAGACCACCAGCAACAAAUACGGUCCCUGCACAUUCAGAUGAAGGCAAAGGAAGAGAAAGGACGGCUGAAGGAUGAGAUGAUUGGUCACCUGCGUUCUGAUCAACUCCGACUGCAUCAACACGUGGCUCGUGUGGAGAAGCUCAUCAGGCUGCAGGAAGAGAAGAGCGAGAAGGAAGCCAGGACCGACUACAAAGGGGGAUUCCUGGCCCUCCAGAUCAAAAUGGAGGCAGAAAAAGAGAAAGAAAGACUGAAGGAUGAGAUUAUUGAGGCCCUGCGUUCUGAUAAAGUCCAACUGCAUCAACAGCUUGCUCUCAUGGGGAAACUGGUAGAGCUGAAGGCAGUAAAGGAAGAGAAGGGAGUCGAGACCGCAAAGGACAGUUGCUCCCUGCCACCCUUGGAUGGAUUCCCACACUGUGAAGCAAAGUUGAAGUGGAUGGAAGUCGGCUGGACGACUGAUCCCUGCUACGGCCGCCAUGGGGUCAACGGGUCUCUCUGCUCCAUCCUCAUCUACCUCAGUGAGGUCGAGUCGUGGUGUCCACUGCUUCCGGGCCGCCGGAUUCCAGCUGGCGUGGACAACUUUGAGGAGGACACUGGACCUGCAGUUGUAAGAGGAAAUCUAUCAGAACUGUGUGCAUCUCUGCAAAAGAGAGUUGAGUUCCGUUGGAUCCACCAGAGGAUUCUCAGUAUGGAAAAGAUUUGGGUUGAAGCAGGACGCUCUCUUUCAGCCAAAUACAACAUCACAGGGAGGAAAGCUAAACAGAUUCUGGUGCAUCCUGGAGCCCUGACGUCCGAAUCAGGCUUUAGAAUAGCAGAGGCAGCCUUUAACGGGGGGCCCCUUGGAGAACUAGUGCAGUGGAGUGACCUCAUCUCCACACUAUACAUCCUGGGUCACCAUCUUCACCUGAGUGUUUCCCUACUCGACCUCAAGCAGUUUCUUGCGAAUGACAACGGGAGCUGCCCAACUCGCCGCUCAGAAAGCGAAACAAGCCUGAUCUAUACAGACAUUAUCGGUCUUAAACAGAUUCAAGAAGUACUGAACGCAUCUUGGAUUAAAUACAGAUGCAAGUUGCGCGUCUUGGACACUUUCGGCACUGAGCCGGACUUCAAUCAUAUCACCUGGGUCCAAAAGCACAACCUUCAUGGUCCGUUUGGUGGACUCCACCUGAUCCCAAUGCAGUUCUACACCAUGUUCCCUCACACACCAGACAACACAUUCCUGGGCUUCGUGGUGCAGCACCAGCUGAGCGCAGAACAAACGGAGCAGUUGAACUCCACCCGAAGGCAAAAGCAGGCCCUUGUGUAUGGAAAGAAAAACUCAUUUUGGAAGGGAAAAGAAGCAUAUCUGGACGUUAUCCACAAGCACGUGAAGGUCCACGGGACAGUAGAUGACAGCGCGUCCAUCCCGAGCUACGUGAUAAACCACGGCAUCAUCAGCGGCUCUGAGGUUCAGGUGCUGUUGAGGCAGAGCAAGGUUUUUGUUGGCCUGUCUUUCCCAUAUGAAGGCCCCGCCCCGUUGGAGGCAAUAGCCAAUGGCUGUGCUUUCCUGAACCCCAGGCUGGACCCCCCCCGGAGUAGCCUGAACACAAAGUUCUUCAAGGGGAAGCCCAACAUCAGAGAGGUGACAUCCCAGAAUCCUUACGCCGAGGCCAUAGGAGAGCCGUACGUUUGGACGGUAGACAUGGACAACUCCACGGAUGUGGAGAGAGCGCUCACUGCUAUCCUCAAUCAGACUAUUGAGCCCCACCUUCCCUAUGAGUUCUCCUGCGAAGGAAUGCUCCAGAGGGUCAACAUCCUGAUUGAGAAACAGGACUUCUGCAGCGGAGCGGCGAGGUGGCCCCCACUGAGCGCGCUCAGGGUUCUGAAGGCGGAGGCGGACACUUCGUGUAAACAGACGUGCCAGCAGGCGGGGCUCAUCUGUGAACCCGCGUUCUUCCCCAAUAUCAACAACGCCGAGGAUCUCUCAGCCCACGGCGUAGAUUGUCAAUCUUGGGAGCUCUCGGACAGCCGGUUGGUGUUUCCUGCCUUCGACCGCCUCAGAAAACACUGUGUGUUCCAGUCCGACCCCUUGCUCUUCAGCUGCGUGAGAUCGGACCGGUCCCUCACCCGCGUCUGCCCCUGUAGAGACUAUAUUAAGGAACAGAUAGCGUUAUGCAAAGCGUGUGUCUAAUCCGGGAAUGAAAAACAACGCACCUGAAGGUAAAAAAAAGUGUUUUAAACCACUCAGGACUCUCAAAGACUUUGAGGUUUCAGGUACCCAAACCACAAUGACGUCAUGUUCCCUCGAUGGGGCCACAACACUGUGUAAUACGAAAUGAGCAGCUGGACUAUGUACACCCGGCUAAUUCCCUUCUCCUGGUGGAUGAACACAUAUUUCCCAUCCAUCUCCUGGCUGACAGUUCUCCUCCAUCCAGUUACCAAAGAGCGGCAUUUAUGCAAGAAGCCAAAUACAUCACAUGUAUUGGUUCCAUACUGACUGCUCUGCCACAUACGUGUGUUCACGCCGUGGGAGGAAAACCUUCCACGACAACAACAAAAAGAAACAUCUUUCAGUAUUGAGCAGGAUAAAACUUUAUUUCGUCAAUAAAACAUUGCUUGUUUGACAAAGAGAAACCUCAU